AUGAUUUUCCCGGCCCACAACCAAUUCGAACAUCACCGCCGCCACCAUGAAAGCAAUCAUUCGCGCCAGAGGGUUUCCUACCCGAAGCCGCUCGUCGAGUUCGCGAACAAGCCGAUGAUCCAGCACCAGAUCGAGGCCCUGGCCGCCGCAGGAGUCACCGACAUUGUGCUGGCCGUCAAAUUCCACAAGCAGCAUGGCGACGAGGGCACAAUUGUGGUCACCAAGGUGGAGGAGCCGUCCAAGUACGGUGUCGUGGUGCACAAGCCCAACCACGCCUCCAGGAGAGACCGCAUCGUCGAAAAAGCCUGUGGAGUUCGUCGGCAACCGCAUUAA